CCCCCGAAAUCCCCACAAGCACGCUCACGCCGAUCCACCCCCGGAUGGCCCCCGCCCCGCCACCGGCGACGGCGCCGGCGCCGGCGCCAUCGCUGGUGGACACACUCUUUCAGCGAUCCCUCGACGACCUCGUCAAGUCCCUGCGCGCCGACCCGUCGGCCGCCGGCGAGUCCGCCGCCGUCGCGCGCGCGCUCUCCGAGAUCCACCGCGAGAUCCGCGCCCCCGACGCGGCCACCAAGGCCGCGGCGCUCCAGAAGCUGACCUACCUCUCCUCGCUCCACUUCGCCCCCGUCGCCUCCCACCCGCUCGCCUUCCCGGCCAUCGAGCUCAUCGCCUCGCCGCUGCUCCCCCACAAGCGCCUCGCCUACCUCGCCGCCUCGCUCUCUCUCCACCCCGCCUCGCUCUCCCUCCUCACGCUCGCCACGCAUCAGGUCCACAAGGACCUCUCCCCCUCCCCCUCCGCCGCCGCCUCCCACCAUGUCUCGGCGCUCGCGCUCCAGCUGCUCGCCUCCCCCGCCGCCGCCGCCGCGCCCGACCUCGCCCUCCACCUCGCCCAUGACCUCGUGCCCCAUCUCUCCCGCGGAAGCCCCCGGGCUAUCGCGGCCGCCGCGCGUGUCAUAGCCGCCUCGCCGUCCGCGGCCGUGCCGGUCCUUUUCAAGCCACUGGCGGCGUGCCUCGCGUCGCCUGACCCUCGAGCGUCGACCGCGGCCGCAGCUGCGUUCUGCGAACUGUCGGCGCCGCCGGCUGAUGCUGCUCCUUUCCUGCCGCUCGCCCCCGACCUCUACAAUCUGCUCACCACGUCCCGCUCCAACUGGGCGCUCAUCAAGGUGCUCAAAGUGUUUGCACGGCUGGCUCCUCUGGAAUCCCGCCUAGCUGCACGAAUUGUCGACCCGGUGUGCCAGCUUCUCGCGCGCUCUGCUGCUAUGUCGCUGACGUUUGAGUGCAUCCGCACUGUCCUAACUGCCUUGCCGGCACAUGAUGCUGCCGUGCGUCUUGCCAUUGGGAAGGCCAAGGAGUUCCUUGCUGCUGAGGAUGAUCCCAACCUGCGGUACCUUGGCCUCCUUGCGCUCGGUAUGCUCGGACCGGCAUAUGCAUCGGCAGUGCAUGAGUGCCGUGACGUGGUCGCCCAAUCACUGGGUGAUGCUGACUCAAACAUCCGCAGGGAGGCGUUGCACCUGAUGAUGGGGAUGAUCGAUGACAAUAAUGUCAUGGACAUUGCUGGCAUGCUGGUCAGUCAUGCUGCAAAGUCAGACCCAGAGUUUGCAUAUGACAUUCUUGGUGCCGUUCUUUCAGCAUGUGGGCGCAACGUGUAUGAGCUGGUAUCAGACUUUGAUUGGUAUGUCUCGCUCCUCACAGAUAUGGGUAGGAACCUUCAUUGUGCACAAGGGGAUGAGAUUGGUCGGCAGCUUAUUGAUGUCGGACUGAGGGUGCAGGAUGCACGGCCAGAGCUUGUUCAAUCAUCUCGAACUCUUCUCAUUGAUCCUGCUUUGCUUGGGAACCACCUCCUUUGUCCUGUUCUUUCUGCUGCCGCGUGGGUCUCAGGUGAGUAUGUUAGCUUCACUAAGGAUCCUGUUGAGCUUGUUGAGGCACUUCUGCAGCCAAGGACCAGCCUCCUGCCGAUGUCUGUGAGAGCUGUCUACAUCCAGGCAGUACUUAAAGUGAUCACUUUCUGUUGCAAUUCGUAUGUUGAGAGGUUGAGUGAUACAAGCAAGGAAGUGGCUGUAGCAUUGAAUGGGUUAUCUAUUGAUCAAGCUGUUGGUGGGGGACGUGAGGCUUCAAAUGGCUCUGGUAAAGAACAAAUAACAGUGCCUAAUAUGAUGGAAAAGGACCCCUUUUCACAUAAAUCAAUUGUUCACAUGAUUAACUUGAUUGAAACAACAGUUGUCCCACUUGCAGAGUGCAAUGAAGUUGAGGUCCUGGAAAGGGCAAGAAACUUGAUUGGUUUUGUUUAUUCACUAAGAGAGAUUCGAGAGUUGAAAGAAAGUGAUGUUGAUGAUGAUAAGCAUAACAGGGUGAAGGAGCUUGUUAAGAAUAUGCAAACAGUAUUUUCUGAUGAAAUAGGGCCUGUUUCUUUAAAUGCACAAGAGAAAGUAACUCUUUCUGAUGAUCUUGUCCUGAAUGAAAGUCUUGCUGAACUUGCUGAAAUCGUGAGUGAAGAUGACACUACUCCAUCAUCUUCAAUUGUUUUCUACCCUCGCAGCCGUGGUUCAGUUGAAACCAGAGAUGAACCUACAUUAUCACUUGGUUCAUCUUCUCUUCUUUCUGAGCACCGUAAAAGGCACGGAUUGUACUAUCUUCCAACAGGAAAGGCUGAGGAUGAUCCAGUUGAUUAUCCUCAUGCCAAUGAUCCUCAACUGCCUGCUAGCAAUGAAAGUGCUCUGGAUGAUAAAUUGAAGACUAUCCAGCCUGUUACCAGUGCGAAAAAACCGAAGGCCAUGAAGUCCAGACCAAAAGUAGUGAAACUGGAUGGUGAGGAUUUCCUAAGUACUAUGGUGGCUAGCACAAGUGUUCCAAGAGAAGAUUCUUUAUCUGGUGCUGUAGGUAUACUCUUGGGUAGAGAUCUCAAGCCAUCAUCAUCACAAAAGGAUUCGGAUAAGUCUUAUGAAGGAAUUAUAAACAAGAUGGACACUGGUGAAUCUAGUUCUCAGUGGAAAAAUAAUGUAAAUGCUGAUUUAGUAGGCCAUCCUACUUCAAGUUCUAGACCAAGUAUUCAACAGAGCCAUGAUAAAGAGAGUACAAACCCUCUUGAAAGUGAUGGGAAGGAAGCGAGAAAACACAGACGAUCUAGGAGUGGGCAUUGUCAAGGAAAACAUAAGAAUAGAGAUAGGCAUAGUACUCAACCUGAUGUACCUCAAGCUCCUAUAAUCCAGGAUUUUCUUCUAUAGCUGCUGAGAGGACUCCUUGUUUUUGGUACAUCUCUCUUACCAAGUACAUGUUCACCUUUUUUUCAUUCACAUUCGGGUUUUAGUUUUCAGUUUCAUUUCAUGAUUAUCAUGAAUGUUGUUUAGUUGGUUGAUCUGUGGCAGUUGUUCUAACUGCCACUGUUGUAUCCUGUAUAUCUUUCUUGGGCAUAGCACUUGAUAUUCUUCCAUAUUGCAUAUAUUUGUUCAUAUUGUACAAAGCCA